ACCUGAGAGCUAACAGGCUAACAGGCUAACAGGCUGCUGACCGGUCACUGGGUAUCUGAGCCGGUUCACACCGAGACAGCGACGCGGUAUCAGCGGACCCUGAUACCGCCGGCGGCCCUCCCCUUUUCCCGCUCGGUAUCUGUGUGGUUUGUUCCGUCUGUGAGUUGUCAGCCUGCCGCUUAUCUCCGCGACUUUUCCCCCUUUUAUCCCGCCGCUAGCCCGUUAGCCCGCCGGCUAACCAGCUGCCAUAAAGCAGCGCCGCUCGCUGUGAAGCUAACUGACCGGGACCGGACGCACCGCAGCGGUAUGUGCCAUGGCAUCGGUCCGGGUGGCUGUGCGGGUCCGGCCCAUGAACAGGCGGGAGAAGGACCUGACUGCAAAAACCAUCAUCAAGAUGGAAGGAACCAAAACCUCCAUCACCAACCUCAAGCUCCCCGAUGGCGUUGCAGGAGACGUGACGAGGGAUCGAACCAAAACCUUCACGUACGACUUCUCAUACGACUCGACAGACUGUAAGAGCUCUGCCUUCGUCUCUCAGGAAAAGGUUUUCAAAGAUCUGGGCUCUGAUGUGCUGAAGGCGGCCUUCGAGGGCUACAACGCCUGCGUGUUUGCCUACGGUCAGACCGGCUCGGGGAAGUCCUACACCAUGAUGGGAACCCCGGGCGAUGCCGGUCUGAUCCCGAGGAUCUGUGAAGGUCUGUUCAGUCGGAUCUCUGAUGCCACACGAUGGGACGAAGCUUCAUUUCGCACAGAAGUCAGCUACCUGGAGAUCUACAACGAGAGAGUGAGAGACCUUCUGAGGAGGAAAUCCACGCAGACCUACAACCUGAGAGUCCGGGAGCAUCCGAAGGACGGACCCUACGUUGAAGAUCUGUCCAAACACCUGGUGCAGCACUACAGCGAUGUGGAGGAGCUGAUGGAGGCCGGAAACAUCAACCGAACCACUGCCAGCACCGGCAUGAACGAUGUCAGCAGCCGCUCCCACGCCAUCUUCACCAUCAACUUCACUCAGGCGAAGUUCGAUGCUGAGAUGCCGAGUGAAACGGUCAGUAAGAUCCACCUGGUCGAUCUGGCCGGCAGCGAGCGAGCCGACGCCACCGGAGCCACCGGCGUCCGGCUGAAGGAAGGAGGAAAUAUCAACAAGUCUCUGGUCACGCUGGGAAACGUCAUCUCGGCUCUGGCCGACAUGACGCAGGACGGCGUGAACACCAACCUGAAGAAGAAGUCGGUGUUCGUCCCCUACAGAGACUCGGUGCUGACGUGGCUGCUGAAGGACAGUCUGGGUGGAAACUCAAAGACCAUCAUGAUCGCCACCGUCUCCCCCGCUGAUGUGAACUAUGGCGAGACGCUCAGCACUCUGCGCUACGCCAACCGAGCCAAGAACAUCAUCAACAAGCCCACCAUCAACGAGGACGCCAACGUCAGGCUGAUCAGGGAACUGCGGGCGGAGAUCGCCCGGCUGAAGGCUCUGCUGGUUCAGGGCAAUCAGAUCGCUCUGCUGGAUUCGCCCACAGCUCUGAGUAUGGAGGAGAAGCUGCACCAGAAUGAAGCCAGAGUCCUGGAGCUGACUAAAGAGUGGACCAACAAAUGGAACGAGACUCAGAACAUCCUGAAGGAGGAGACUCUGGCUCUGAGGAAGGAGGGGAUCGGCGUGGUGUUGGACUCCGAGCUGCCUCACCUCAUCGGCAUAGACGACGACCUCCUCAGCACUGGCAUCAUCCUGUACCAUCUAAAGGAGGGUCGGACCUACGUGGGUCGAGAGGACGCCUCCACAGAGCAGGACAUCAUUCUUCACGGUUUGGACCUGGAGAGUGAACACUGCAUGUUUGAGAACCAGAACGGGAAUGUGACUCUGGUACCGCUGGGUGGAGCACAGUGUUCGGUGAACGGAGUCCAAGUGACGGAGCCGUCGCAGCUCAACCAAGGUGCCGUUAUUCUGCUCGGCAGGACCAACAUGUUUCGCUUCAACCACCCGAAGGAGGCGGCCAAGCUGAGGGAGAAACGGAAGAGCGGCCUGCUCUCCACCUUCAGCCUGUCUAUGACCGAUCUGUCCAAGUCCUGUGAGAACCUGUCCACCGUGAUGCUCUACAACCCAGGUCUCUUCACUGAGAAGGGCCCCGUCUUCCUCAGGUUGGAGUUUGAGAGGCAGCAGAGGGAGGAGUUGGAGAAACUGGAGCUGAAAAGGAGGCUGAUUAAGGAGAUGGAGGCGAAGCAACAGAGUGAGAAGGCUGAGCUGGAGCGCCUCCAGCAGGAGGUGGAGAGUCAGCGCAAGGAGUCCGAGGAGGUGCAGCAGCGCAUCCUCCAUCAGGAGGAGAGCCUCCGUCGCCGCAGCCAGGACAUCGAGAGCCGCCUGCGGGAUUUCCUGGCCGAGAAGGAGCGCUUCGAGGAGGAGAGGCGCUCCGAGAUCCAGGGCGUGGAUCUCCAGCUCAGAGGGCGAUGGAAACAGCAGCAGGAUGGCGUAGCAGAGGAGGACGAGGAGCAGCGGCGGCAACAGGAGGCCGAGGAGCAGACGGAGAUCUACCGCGAGCUGGAGAGGCUGAAGAGGGAGCGCGAGGAGCAGAAGAUUCGUCUGGAGGCCGAGCGGCGGCGGCUGGAGGAGCAGGAACGGGAGCAACUCAGCCUGGUGGGGAGGCUGGAGGAGCAGCUGAGGGACAAACACGAGGCGGCCGCCGUCCUGCUGACCCGGGAAGACGCCCACCGCCUGGAGGAGGAGCGGCGAGCGCUGGCCGAGAUCAGAGAAGCACUCCUCCGGGCCAAAGAGGCUGCAGAGCGGCUGGACAUGGAGGACACCGGCGAGGAGGCGAGAUCCGCCCAGACUCGAUACACGGACUUCAAGGCGGCUCAGGUGAAGGAGCUGGGCCAGCGGGAGGAGGAGCUUCGGCAGCAGAGGGAGCGUCUGGAGAAGGAGGUGGCUGCUGAGCGUAACGAGCUGCUGCUGCUCACCCACGGCCUCAAAGAACGGCAGCAGCAGCUGAAAGACAUGCAGGAGAAAGGGGUGCAGGAUGCCUCCGUCGUCUGCCAGGAGGAGCAGCUGGUCAAACAGGCCGAACACCGACUGCAGUUCAAGGAGCGACAACUGGCCGACCUGGCCAAAGACCUCCUCCCGGCGCUGGUCGAGGAGAAGCAGCGGGCCGUGGAGAUGCUGGAGCGCGGCAGCAACGGGAACUGCGACAGCCCACCGGGGCUGGACAACAUUCUGUACCAGGUGGAGAAGGAGCUGGAGGACAAGGAGGAGAAGCUGAACCUCCACUGGCACAGUGCCCAGCAGCUCCAGCAGCUCCAGGAGACCUACGAGUUCACGGCCAAUGUGGCGCGACAGGAGGAGAAGGUCCGCCGGAAGGAGAAGGAGAUCCUGGAGUCCAAGGAGAAGCAGCAGAGGGAGGCGAUGGAGCAGGCGGUGGCCCGGCUGGAGAGGAGGCACUCGGCUCUGAGGCGCAGCGUCUCGCUGGAGACGGACUCCGAGGAGCCGAGACUGAAGAGCUCAGUGUGCAGGAACCAGAGGACUGGGGCUGAACUGGACCAGCAGAGGGUGGAGCAGGAGAUCCAGAAGCUGCGACAGAGGAUCAGCGAAGGAGAAGAAAACAACCGAACUCACUCCAUCAGCAAUGACGACAAGUCUGGUCACAACAGCUCUCCGGUCAACCACAUCCAGAGCCUGAACACGCUGCUGCCGCUGUCCGAUGACAGGAUAAAUGCGUAUAUCGAAGAGGAAGUCCAGAGACGGUUACGAAAGCUGAAUCUUCUGAAUGGCAGCAGCAACAUGGAUCUGUCUCUGUCCUGUGAAUCGCUCAGAGAGGAGGAGGAGUUUAGCGACUGUAGCUCUGUUAGGUUAACAGAUGAGGACGAUGAAAAGCAGCAAAACAUGAAUCUGAGGAGGCUGAAAUAUGAGAGAGCCUUCCAGUCUGGCUUCCUGCCUUUCCCCGAGUCUGAGACAAGCUCUGCUCCUAACGUCCAGGAAAACAUGUUGGAAGAACCAGCGAGCAGCUUCGUGAAGCUUAACAGAGAAGAUAAACUAGAAUCCACGGCUGAAACAGAUGAGGUUCCUUACACAGAUGGUGACGACAACAAAUCCUGUCAAGGAGAAGAGAAUGUUCCACUGGGAGAAGAUGACCAAGGUGACAUCGGACAACAUCAGUUUCAUGUCACUUCAGCAAACACCAAAAGAUCUGAUGAGGAUGAAAAGAUCUCUGAUAAAAGAACAGAUCCUACCUGCUGUGUUCCAGAUGACGAUAAAAAGGAGGAUGUGCUGGGUGUUGGACACUCACAGGACAAAGUCAAACCCCAAAAUUGUGACCCAGGGAGAGCAGAAGGUGCAGAAUUUUCUUGUGAUCAGUCAUCAAAGUCGCAGAGCUCUGUGAGUGAUUGCAAAAAAGAGUCAAUUAAUGGUCAAAUUGAACAAGAGAUGGACACUGAAACCGAGGAAGCGUCGGCCAGCCGGAGCUACGUUUUCGGAUUCUUGGCCGACAAGCUGUCUGAAGCCUAUAAAGACGCUGGUCGACGGCUGCAGGGGACACGAGACAUCAUUCGAAAUGUUCAGUUAGCUGAAAUGAAGGUUGUCCUCUCUCAGUACGUGACCAUGGUGUCCAAAGAGCUGCCACUGAUUCACCAACUGCAGCUUCAGCCACAGCCAGAACCUGAAAUCAGUGCCGAAAGCAAAGUCCCUUUGGUGGACCUUCCUGUUCCUCAGAAGUGCAGCAUAUCUGUGAUCCUGGACAUCUCCGGAUGUCCUGAAGGAUCCGUGUCCUUGGUCAGAAACACGAGUCCUGAAGUGUUUCAUCAGAAGCUGGUCGAGCUGCCGUCUGCUUUAUCUCAGCUGCAGACGUCUUCCUCUCAGGAGAUGCAGGAACAUUUGGAAUCUCAGUUUCCUCAAAUGCAAGGCAGUAGGCCUCUGGGUAUCUUCUGGCUCAGAACGGCUAACCGUAAACGUCCCAUCCCAAAACCUGGCUGUUUGCUUUUGUCUGAAAAGGAUGUAGUUGUAGUUUCAGCUGACACAGAUUCUACAGAGACCUUGACUGUGUUUCACCAUUUUAAACUCUUGGAAAUCAAGGAGGUCCAGAUCAGUUUGGCUGGACAACAUGUUCGCCUAAUCGGCUCCACUGAAGACACCGUAUUAGCUGUCUUCACCCACAGCAAAGAUCUAACCCAAGAGUUCUGCAAGGCUCUACUCAAGGCUCUGUCACCUGAAACUGUCCUUGAAGGUCACCCGUUGCUCUCUGAUGACCUCAUGGUCCUCUCUUUGGAUUGGACGUCGAAUGUUCCCGACAUCUUCCUGGACAGCGGCCUUUCUGUCACCUCCAGAUUCAAGCGUGUCCUCGCAGAUCUGCUCUACAUCGUCCACGGUAACAUGGAAGCUCCCGACAAACCAUCGCUGGCUAACAUUCGUCCUCUGUUCUACGCCAGCGUGAAGGUCAAGAACGCCCCCCAUGUGCUUCCCGGCGCCAUCAUCCAGUUCCUCCUGACGGACACUCACGUGGCUCUUCUCCGGGAAGACGGCGUCUUCCAUCCGGUGCCAAGGGGGUCCAGUCUGGUCCCAGCCCGACCCCAGUUUCAGGGACUGGAACUCCGCCAGCGCUCAGACAUCCGAUACCUGCUGGUGAAGCAGGAUGGCGGCUGCCUGGUGGUGGAAAUCGUCUUUACAAACCACAAGCCUCAGAAAAGGAAGGUGGUGCUCAGACGGGGCUCAGCUGAUCCAACCGGUGCCGCGAACGUCAGCAGCAAUUCCUGGAAGUUAUGUUUUGGCUGCACGACAGAAGCUCAGAUCUUAAUUAAACAUCUGUGUGUCUGAAGGCAGCUUCGCCUCGGUUCAUGUAUUUAUUUUAGGAUGUUGAAUAAAUUCAGAGGUAUCGUCUGAAAGGUGAUUCUUCAUGGAACCAAACUAAAAUAGAGACAAAUACAAAUAUUUUUAAGUAUUUUAAAACCUUUUUAAAAUCGGCCUGCUAUGCAUUUUGGGUAAUUUGCUAUAAAAUCCUUGUGAGCGAGAUCAGACUCGGCCAUGGUAACGAAUUCACUGUAAUGAAAUUAAUUUGUCUGUUUGUCCUGUUAUUUCUGUAGCGAGGGAAGGCUUGUGUCAUCUUGUUACAGAUCUGAAGUUUAUCAUGAGAGGAAAUAAUUAUCAAUAAAAUGUGAUCAGUAUGUACUUAGAGGAAUGAUAUUUGACAGUUUUAUACAGUGGGAAUGUGUUGCCACAGAAUAAUAAAUGGAAUAAUAAAGAUUGAA